AUGUUUGGCCUUGGUGAACAACAACCAUCAGAAGAAGAGCUUAAGAAGCAUCAAGAACAAACUAACAGCGUGAUUAUAUCCGCUGCAUAUGUCGCUGCCCUACUAUGGACUUCUCCUAUGCUUUGGAGCUUUAUUAGAAAACAAUGGAAAUAA